AUGAAGUAUGCGACGUUAGGGGCUUUAUUAGCACAUUAUGUGAAGACACGAGGUCUAGUGGAUAAACAUGAGCAGUAUACGGAAUUCCUACGGACAGAUGUAACAGUGCUACUCGAAGAAUUUGUGGCACAUAUGCAACGCGAUAUUGUGGAGAACUAUGCAGCUAAUUGUUUGAACGUGGGUUAUACGAAAGAGCACCAUGGAGACAUGAAGUUCGUAGCUAAAGUGGGAGACAGAAUUAUAUGUACACUCAUGACAGGAGCAUUAUUUUUCAUGAAUGGAUGGCACAAGCAGUCCGCUAGCACGGACCAUACAGACCGUACUAGUGAAGCGUUGAAGGAACAUAUAAGGUGCGCCAUAGUAAAUAUAUUUAUGUACAUAUUGAACGAAUCUCCAUGCAAAAGUGACAUGGGUACAUAUUAUGCAUGGUACACCAUGAGAAAGAUGGAGCCAGAUCUAGGGGGUGGAUUAAUUAAGCAGGGAAAAUGCCGCAAGGGCGUGUUUACAGACAUAAAAAUCGAGGAAUUCGACAUGCAGCAAAUGAUUAAGUCAUGGUUGCAGAAAAAUGUAAGAAUACAAGACACAAUUGGAGGCAAGGCAAUGAAAAGCACAUGUACGAAAACAUUAGCAGGAAGUGGGCGGGCCAAGCAAGAUGCAGAUGCCACGGAUGACAACACAGACCUGAGGCAAGACGAGAAAGACGCUAUACGUGAGUUAGGCCGAGGACUGAAGACCAUAGUGGAGGAGGUAAAGAAAGAAGUUACGCAAUGCGCGCAGGACACUGGCGCAUGCAUGGAGUCUAUCGAAGCUGUCUCCCGAAGCAAUCCUGAGAAUGACAAAAGUAAGGCCAUAGUAUCGAAAUCUGUCGAAAGAGGUAUACCAGCACCAACCGUUGCGGCAAGUAAGGACCGAGGGGAGAAAGCACCAAUACGACCCGCUACGUACCGUAUUGCUCAAUAUGGAUGCCACAACAUGCACGCAUGCACGGCACCACAACGCGCACACGGCAGCCACAACAAAGCACACGCGGCGACCACAGCGGCUCGAGUGUAG